AUGGUAUUGAGCCCCGCCCACUCCCAAGUCCCUCCACCAAUCACGUCCCCGCAUUCCCCUCACCUUCGCACAUGUAGGCAGGUCCCCGUCAAUGCCCGCCGAGCAGCUGUGAAAAUCGGAUUCCGAUUAGAAUGGCAGAGCCGAAAUCCCCGAUCCAACAUCCAGGCAGUAAUAUUAUUUCAUUCCUGCCUUUCCCGCUACGAUAUGGGAGUUCUUGUAAAUAGGGACGCCGUGUCCCCGUCGUGGAGCCGUGAUCACCAUGGAGAGGACGAUGACGAGAUCCACGAAUCCAUCGGGAAAAGCGAUCGUACGCAGAGCGAGGCUUUAAGAAAACGGGAUGAUGGAGCGGAAUUAAAUCAUCCCGUUAUUUACCCCGAAUACCUGCUCGUCCCCGACGGCCGGAGGAUGACCGAGAAAGGCGAGGACUCCGAUCUCAGGCGGCUCUUCCCGCCGGAGGCCGGAGACGAGGAGGACGCGAUCCUGCGGAAGCGGAGAGAGGAGAAGAGCUCCAUCCCGAUGGCCAGCUUCAACUUCGUCAACUCCAUCCUCGGGUCCGGCGUCAUCGGUAUGGCACAUCCGGCGUCAUCGUCGAUGCAACGAUAUAUUUUUGUUUCAGGGAUGAGUUACGCGAUCCGGGAGGCCGGGGUCCUGAUGGGGGUCCUGCUCCUCCUCCUCAUCGGGGUCGUGAACGACUACUCCCUCGUGCUCCUCAUCCGGGGCGGGGACGUGGCCGGGGUCGACACCUACCAGGAUCUCAUGUACACCGCGUUCGGGAGGCCGGGCUUCCUGCUCAUCACGUUGCUGCAGUUUGCCUAUCCCAUCGUCGGGAUGGUGAGCUACAACGUGAUCAUCGGAGACACGCUGAAGAAGCUGAUGGGGCGGGUGACGGGGCUGCCGGGGGACCACGUGCUGGUGUCGCGGGAGUUCCUCAUCCUGGUGACGACGGCGCUGGUGACGGUGCCGCUGAGUCUGUACAGGGACAUCGGGAAGCUGGCGAGGGCGUCGCUGGUCUCGCUCUUCCUCAUCGGGUUCAUGCUGGUGGCGAUCGCGUUCAGGCUGCAUUCGCUCUGGGAUGUCGUGUGGGUGGGAGGGGGUUCGCGGAGGGGGGUCGAUGCAAGGGCUGGGAGAGGUGUGUCGACUAUUAAAAUCGGUUCAUUUUUUUAUCAUUGCGCUCACGUUCGGCUGGCUCGCGUUCGGCCGUUCGGACUCGCUAAUCUGUCGCCGAUCGGUUUCGUUUUUCGUCCAGCUUACAUGUGUCACCACAACUCGUUUCUCCUGUACGAGAGUCUUCACGACCGGACCGUGUCGACCUGGAACUUCGUGACGCACGUGUCCGUGGCAGCUUCCUGUCUCAUCGCCAUCACCUUCGGCCUCCUCGGAUAUGCCACCUUCACUGGGUUCACUCAAGGUGAUCUGCUGGAGAACUACUGCCAAGACGACGACUUGAUGAACGUGGCCCGUCUGGCCUUCGCGGCCAACGUGAUGUUCACGUACCCCAUCGAGUGCUUCGUGUCGCGGGAGGUGACCCUGAGGAUCGUCUGGGGGGAGGCGGAGGCCAAUCACAUCAAGGAAGGGAGGGACCCGUACUAUUGGAGGCACGUGGGGACGACGCUGGCGCUGAACGUGCUGGUGCUCGGGGUGUCGUUCAUCACGGAUUGUCUGGGGAUCGUGCUGGAACUCAACGGGUUGAUCGCGGCCAUCCCGCUCGCGUACGUCCUCCCGGCAGCUUGUUACCUCAUGGUGGAGGGAGGGGAGUGGUGGAGGUGGAGGAAGAUGCCGGCGCUGCUGACUCUGGUGUCGGGGUUGGCGGUCAUCGUCUGGGGGCUCUUCGUCCUCGCGUUCUCCGGGUUCCAGUCCAAGAAUUGCAGUCACGGGGUGGAGAUGGAUUACUGCAGGGGGGGCUUGGGGGGGGUGGUGAAUUCGUCGGAGUUCGAGUGGGGGCCGAUGGAGGCCGGAGGUACGCUUCGAAGCAGGUCUCGCGUCGCCUCCUCGGAUGCCGGCAAGGUCUUCCGGGAGGAGCCUCCAGAGGCACCCCCAAGGAGUUCUCGGUUCUCGGAGAGUCCUCGUCUUACGGCCCACGGAUGCGUGCAGGCCCAUGCCCCUCUAUGUCCCGGGGCCCGUUUCACGAGGUCUCCCAAGAAGGAAAGCGAUUUACCAGGAAUGACAGCACUUUAUGAUUCUGCGGGGGUCCUCGCCCGCAAG